UCGAGCAGCAGCAGCAGCAGCAGCAGCAGCAGCAGCAGCAGCAGCAGCAGCAGCAGCAGCAGCAGCAGCAGCAGCAGCAGCAGGUUUCUCGCGAGAGCCUGCGAGGGCAAAGCCCACGGAGACUGGGAAAAGGAAAAGACUUUUGA